AUGGCCGCGGCGGGGAACGACGGCGACAGGGCCAUCAUCAGCGUUGAGGCCGCCGCCAGGAGGAGGUGGUCGUUGCGCGGCAUGACGACCCUCGUUACAGGCGGCACCCGCGGCAUUGGGCGUGCCGUGGUGGAGGAGCUGGCGGCGCUGGGCGCGGCGGUGCACACGUGCUCCCAGAACGAGGCGGAGCUGCGGGAACGCCUGGCCGAGUGGGAGGCCACCACCGCCAAGACCGGCGGCAUGACCGUCAACGGCCUCUACCCUGCUCAUCGUCAGGACUAA